CUCUGAUCCUAUGUAUAUAAAGCCUUAGUUAGCUACCUUUUAGUUCUUCAUCGAAUUCAACGACAGUUUUACCCACUGCCUACGUCUUAAGUGUUCCCUCUUGGCGUAGCCCCUUACAAAUGCAACGAGAAAGUUCACAUAUUUCAAUGCUUAAUAAUAUAUAUUAACCGAGAUAUAAUUUACUAUAUUCAAGCUUAAGCUCGCUAUAAUUUGCUUUCGAAAUUAGUUUUAUUUCUCAUAGUUGAAUUGGAAAGCUUUUUGCAUUCUUGUGACUUAACGGCUCUGCGUUGGUUUGUUGGAUGGCUACGUCACGUGUCUAGCCAACACCAUGUCCCACGUCAUCCGUCAUCCGUCAACUUCACACUUUGUCCUUCAACUCCAGAGUCAUCUAUCAAACGCAACACAACACGCGAUGCAAUCAUCGUCGGACGAGCCCAAAACCUUUACACUCUUUCCCAAGCUUCCUCCGGAACUGCAGGAAGCAAUCUGGGCUCGCACAAUCAACUGGGAACCUCACGUCCUCCCUCGCCCUCCCAUUCCCGAGCUCUCGGUCUGUCGUCAAGCACGAGAAGUGCUUCUGAAGAUAUAUAGACCAUGCUUUCAUUUGGAUCCCGGCGAACAGAGAAAUGAUCUCCAGUUCACUGGCAGAGAUGGCCGGGGCCCCGAAGUUCGAUACCUCACAAUCAGAGGGAUGGGAACCCCGUUCCCAAGGUCACCAUACGCAAAUUACUCGACCGAUAUCUUGCAUCUUACCAUCAAUUUCAUAUCUCAAGCGCAUAAAGAAGGCUCGUGCCAGAUAUUUCUGUUCCAAGAAGCGAUCGACAACAUCCAGAAUCUGGUUACACAUGGCGCAAUGUCUGGCCACUUAGCGUGUACAGACAUGAAGGGCCAGCUAGGCUCCAUGGAAUGCCGCCACGGCCACCUCUAGUAGACCUGAAGCUGGUUAUCACCCAUUUCGGCGCAUUGAAAGUGCUUUAUAUUGCCGAAGAACCGAAGGUGCAAGUUGAUUUCCCACCUUCCGACGAAGAUUUGAGCUUCACUACUAUGAUCGCUCGCUUCCAAGCAAAAGAUCCUGAUGACGAGCUCAUGGCCCCUGCCUUGAAAGCUGUGUAUGCGGAAAAGAAA